UUUUCCAAGCGAGAAGAUUUUCUGCAAAAUGAAAAUGACUGACCGUGUGUUUGUUAAAAGUUAAAACAAAAUUUCUAUAUUAAUUGAAAAUUCGCAAAUAAAUUUUGAUAGAAAAAGUGAAAAUAUAAAUCAAAUAUUCAAUUAGUUUCAAUAAGAAAAAUUUUUGUGGAAUAAAUACGAUAUUGAUUUUUUCUUUUCUUCGCAUAUUCUUCAUGGACAGCUUGUAAAUGUACCAAACAAAAGUAAAUUGUUGAAUUUUUCGAAUACUUUGGAUUUAGUGUUGCUCAUGAUUUGUGUUAAUAAUCAAUUGUUAUGACGAAGAAAAAUGAACUGCUCUGAAAAUAUACUAAGUAGGAAAAAAAAUAUCAUGUCAUGUCACACAUCAAUAUACUUGUGUGUAACUAAACAAAUUUACGUUAUGUAAGCGGUGCAAAGGCGGCUCCAGUUAAUCAAAAACUAUUUCAAAAAUUUGUAUCGCCAAGUUUUCCUUUUCUUUAAUUAUUUUUGGCAAUCAUACAUUUCUGUGUAACCAGUUUAUUGUUCCAUUUAGAAUAAUUGAAAGAAAAAACAUGAACAUUUUUCGUCAUUCAAUUAGUGUGAACGACACGAUACAUUUAAAUGAAUGAAUAGUGAAGAGACACAUAAUCUCUAGAGAAAAUUUUUGUAUCGCAGACAAAACUCAAUUUUUCUGCAGUCAAUUUAAAUUUAAGCAGCAGCAGCAGCAGCAGGAGCCGUAGUAGCAGUGGCAGAUAUCACACUAACACAUUUGGCGAACUUCAAGAUAAAUCGUGCGCAUUUCACACUAUCAAAAGGUGUUGCAUCGACGUACUUCGUUAUUCCGUACCAAUUUUUAUCAACAACAACACUAACAACAAUAAAGCUCGCUAUGCCAAAAUAAAAAUCGAUAAAAACGGCACAUGGAAAACAUGUAUUGUCUGUUAUGAAGGAAACAUUAAUCGCCACAAUAAUCAACAUCAGGAGAAACGGUGCACAGACGGUGCAUCUCACUCAUCAGAAAUCAGAAAACAAACUGACGUCAUUGAAUUAAGAAAGGAGUAACAUUCAUUUUGUUGUUUGAGAGGAAAAUAUUUCAACUGCACCCUCGCGUGUCCUUCUUUUCAUCUAUCUUGUUAUUUCUCCGUUAUUUCACUAGCAUGAGAUGAAGAAAUAACGAUGCCAUUAGAAUUGGCGCCGUUCAACUAUAUCGAGUCUGGCCACAUGCAUAAAUCUCUUGUUACACUUGAAUGUGAAUUAUUAUCGGUGACUUUGAAACAAAAAAAAGUCAUUAUUUUCACUCCGCAUUUAGUAUAAAUAGUGCAAAAUUGCGGUUGUAAAAUGUGUUCUAGUUUUUGCUGAAACAAACCGCAGAAAACGGGAGCAAUAAAAUAAUCAUUGAACUUUUUUUUAGCUCAACUCAGUUCCGUUUAAAUUGGGUUUUUGUGCAUUUAACGCGUUCCAACCAAUUAAAUUGUUGAUUCCAUUAGUGCGAUAAGUAGCUUUGUCAACAUAAACAUUUUCGUCAAAUAACUACAAAAGAAAAUGAUUAAAAGUUGGAGAAUAGCAGAUGAAUAGUUUGAUUACCGUUAGCAAUUUAAUUGAUUUUCCCUUGAUUCUUAAUAAUAAAUCGUGCUAUUUAAAAAAAAGUCAAUUGGUGCGCGACAGUGACGACAAUGUCUAAGCACUCGCUGGAUUAUAAUGCAUCGCAUGCAAAUGAACUGCAUUUAAUAGUCAGUUAAAUCGAUUAAAAAUAUGACAAAGUUAAAUAAUUUAAUACGAGCAACAAGUGAAUAUUUAUCUAUCAUCAUUAGUGAAACGUGCAUAGUGCAUUCAAUUCAAAAUCCUUCUAUAUUUACAAUAUUAUUCGAUUUAAAUUGAAACAUUUAUCAUCCACAUGUGGCGAUCGGCAAGAUUAAUUGCAUCGACACAGAAAUCAAAUUGAAAAUGUUGCUGUUGCUAACAAAUGCAUCAACGGAUGAACAACAUACAAAAACGCAUAAGCUUAAUUCGAAAGUCAUCGAGUUUACGUACGCAAAUACGUUAAAGAAUAAAAUAAACUGCCAGUCUGAAAACGAUGUGGAAAACUUCGGCCUUCUCCGAAAUAACAAUGGAAAAACGAUUUCAAUUAAUUUUAAACAAACGAAAAUGCAUCACAAUGCAACCAUUCUUAAUCAAGUGCAACAAUGCGACUACCAAAACAACAAUAACAAAAAUCAUUUAGAAAACUUCGACCACUUAACACCAGAAUAUUUACAACAACAACAAGAACAGCAAGAACUCCACGUCAUCAGGCGAUCCAACAUGAAAAUCCGACAUUCGAGUAAAAUGCAAUUAAUCGGUGUAAUAUUGUCGUAUUUACUGGUGUGUAGCAUUCAAAGUGCUACAGCAAGGCCAAAUGUCGACCGUAAUUAUGACGAUUCAACAUCUAAUUGGCAAAGUGUGGCUCUCACUUCAGAAAAUAAAUUGGUAUCAUCAAAUGAUGGGGAGGCGCCGUCCGGUUUUACAAAGGUCGAAAAUGAGCCGCUCGAUCCAGAUUCGAUGGUUGAUCCGAGGAGCUUUCUAUAUGCAGCCAUAUCAAAAAAUGAAUCCACCGAAACAACCGUCGACGAUAAUGAUCACAGUAUCGGAACACCGUUUAUCAUUGCCAUUUGGAUUUUAUCCGCUAGUAUUGCAAAAAUAGGAUUCCAUAAAACGCCAAAACUCAAUCAAAUUUUCCCCGAAUCCUGUCUUUUAAUUGUGCUUGGUGUGUUUAUUGGUGUUUUACUUCGUUAUGGCACGAGAUUAUACGUAUCACCAUUGACACCAAACACAUUCUUCUUGUAUAUGUUGCCGCCAAUCAUUUUCGAUGCCGGCUAUUUCAUGCCUAAUCGACUAUUUUUCGAUCAUUUGGGCACAAUUUUACUAAUGGCUGUGGUCGGAACAAUAUUCAAUAUAUUUACCAUUGGUUCUUCCUUGUAUGCGUGCAAUUUAAUCAAUUUAUUUGGCAAACAAAUACCCGUGCUCGACAUCUUUCUAUUUUCAUCGUUGAUAGCUGCGGUUGAUCCGGUUGCCGUUCUGGCUGUUUUCGAAGAAAUUCAUGUGAAUGAAAUUCUCUACAUUGUUGUUUUCGGCGAAUCAUUAUUGAAUGAUGCCGUUACGGUUGUUUUGUACCAUAUGUGUGAAACGUACAGAGAAAAAGGCAUCGAUCGAAUAGGCAUCAUGGAUUUUGGCACGGGAACGAUGAAUUUUCUAUUAGUCGCUGUGGGUGGAACAAUAAUUGGUGUUGUAUGGGGCUUCAUGACUGGGCUGGUGACACGUUUUACUGAGAACGUGCGAGUGAUUGAACCAAUUUUCAUUUUUGUCAUGGCAUAUCUGGCCUAUUUGAAUGCCGAAAUGCUACACUUGAGUGGGAUAUUAUCAAUCACAUUUUGCGGCAUCACGAUGAAAAACUAUGUGGAAUCGAAUGUUUCGCAAAAAUCGCAUACAACCAUAAAAUACGCUUUGAAAAUGAUGUCAAGCUCGUCUGAAACGAUUAUUUUCAUGUUUCUGGGAGUUGCCACUGUAAAUAAUCGACAUGAUUGGAAUACCUGCUUCAUAGUGUUGACGAUUAUUUUCUGUUCUGUAUAUCGCACCAUAGGAAUUAUAAUAUUAACUGCAGUCGCAAAUAGGUUUAGAUUAAAUAAAUUGUCAAGAGUUGAUCAAUUUGUGAUGUCGUAUGGUGGCCUUCGAGGUGCAGUAGCAUUCGCAUUAGCACUAUUAAUCAAGCAGCAGCGGGUCGAAUCCCAGCCGAUGUUCGUCACAACAACCAUUGCUGUGAUUUACUUCACUGUUUUCCUGCAAGGCAUCACCAUCAAACCACUUGUCAAGUUUCUCAACGUGAAACGUGCAAAUAAAAAGAAACCAACAAUGAAUGAACGCAUUCAUGAGCGUUUGAUUGAUCAUUUAAUGGCUGGCAUGGAAGAUAUUGCAGGCAAAACAGGAAAUUAUCAUGUUCGAGAUAAAUUCAAGCGAUUCGACAAUAAAUUCAUUCGUCCACUUAUAUUGAAACAUGUUCAGUCCGCUGAGCCGAAAAUCCUUGAAACUUAUUCAAAACUGACCAUGAAAGAUGCAAUGGAUUUUAUGAAUCGCAAUCCCUCAACAAUUGGUCAAAUGUCUGGCACGGAAUCAAUGAGCGCUUUGUUUCGCAGUUACACAGCUGGUGGCGGAAGGUUGGCACCACCAUUUUUGAUGAAAACAUGUCCCAGCUUUUCAAAUAUUGAAAAUUGCUCAAGAAAUUUGGAUAUGCAAGAGCUUGAUUAUAAUCCAUCAAAGAAAGAUUUGACAGAUGCCAAAAUCCAUCAUCUUCUUGCCGAGGAAUUGAAACCGUACAAACGGGCAUCCUGUUCAUCUAAGACGCUGCAUCGACGUCUCAGUUACAGUCGACAUGCUGUCGAUGACAGAGAUUUAACUACACAGCAGGUCAAUUAUAAGAUGCACAUGAAUAUUCGACGAACGACAGAUCGAAAACAUCAUAAGCGUAGCAAACGAGGCAGUGCCAAGGAGGGUGCAAAGCAAAAUCACGUGUCAUUCCCGGAAUUCAAGCAAAACGGAUCGGCGAAACAGCUAUCGCAUGACUACAUUAAUGAAGUGCUUAAUGAAACAGUUGACGAUGACGAAAAACAAAAUCUGCCCGAUGACUGGGAGGAAGGAUUAACUUUUACAGCAAGAUCGUCACCCGAACAAGCGGAUCAGAAAAAUAAUAGUUUAUUAUUGGCGAAUAUUGCCAAUUUACCUGGAUUUGAUUCGUCAACAGCACGUUUUGCCACACAAUAUUCAACUCGAAGCAGCCCCGAUAAGUCAGUCAUGGAAAUUGUACCGACGGCUGCUGAAUUGAUGUUACCGUGGCGACGUGAGCAAUCGUACCAAAGUUUCGGUGAUGAAGACGAUGGAGAUGAUGUUGAAAAUUCAAAUAAACGACUGUCAAAAGAAUCCGAAGGUGAAACACGUGUUACCACACCAACAGCCACUGAAACACAGUUGCCAUGGAAACGAAAUGAUCAGGACACUGCUGAAGUAUUACAACAGAAUGAGUUUCCGGCAUGGGCAUCAAAUAAGGAGUACUUGGCGUAUAAUUCACCGAGUGCAACUUUCUUAGGAGCACUAUCAAAACCAAAACAAAUAAAAUCUGUGAUAGGUUUGUUUCGACGCGAGAGUACGACAUCCGGUUCGGCGGCCGGAAGUGAUCCAUGCCUUGCUGCCCAACUCACUGAGCUAGCAACAACAAAUCAACAACCAGGCAGCAGCAGCAGUGCCGGCAGUAGUACAUACCGUGCAAGCAUAAGCGGUGCACCAACAAGCGAACAUCACGAUCGUCCAGCACGUGGUGAUCGUCGACGUUCCAUAUCGAUUUGUGCAGUCACACCAAUUGAUGAGUCCAUUGAAAAUGGUGUCGAUCCGUUAGGUGCCUUAAUUGAAUUUAAAAAUAAUGAUAAACACACCAAAUUGGAGAACACAUACUGCAAAAACAAUCGACGUCGUUCACUCUUCGAAUUAAGCGGAAGGUCAGCAUCAGAGGAGAAGUAUUCAAAGUCAUUACCCGAUCGAGACUCAUUCGGUGGUGGGAGACCGCGACCGGCACAGUUUCUAACAAAAUUAACACCCAAACCACAUCUUCGACAAAUGCAAUCGCAAACAUCAUCACUGCUAUCCUCUACAUCCAUUACAGACACGUCUGAGGAAGAUGAUGACGACGACGAAAGCGAAGAUCUGCACGCAUAUAACGAACGAAGGCACAGACGUCAUCAAUGAUUUUAAUUUUGUUUAUUGUAUAAAUUACCAUUUCGAUUUCAUUCUAACGUUUCUCAUAUAUUUUUUGCAAUUUUGAGAAUAUGAUUGAUGUCAAUCAACAAAUUAUAUUAACAAUACCAAAUUUCUCGUUCCUUUUUUUGCCUAACAAAAAAAAUUCGUUGCAGUGAACUGAACUUUAUUCAUUUAAUUAAAAUUGACAAUAAAUUUUAAAAAAAAUGUCUACAUUUAAACAAAAUACACUUCAGUUAAUUUUUAAGUGAUAUUGCACUGGAAUUCAUAGUUAAAAAAACUCACACAGAAAUUAUGCUCCAUAAGAGACUGUAUAAAAUGCAAAACUGUAGCACUGCUAGCGCCACUACGGACAACUAUGGAGUUCUAGUCUGUUGGUUACAACUGAGCAAAAGUCUUUUCACUAUUUGGCGGCAACUUAGUGUAGAUUACAUUGAAUUCCGUCGUGGCGCUAGCAGUGUGACAGUUUGGGCAUAAUUUCGGUACGAAAAAACUUGAAGCCGUGUUCGGACAAUUUGAUACAAGAAGAAGAGAAAGAAAGAAAGUUGUUUUCUUUAAGUGAAAAUUAGAAAUGAUUUUGAUUAAAUCCGAUGGAAUCCGUUCGUGCCAUGUAGCUGGAUGAUUGCAAAUUCUGAAUUGUUGUAGCGUUCAGCAUUUUACUGUCCUAUAGGAUGGACGAUUAGAAAAAAAAAUGUUUUAGUUCUCGCCUAGAUUAAAAAAAACACGCUUUCAAAAACUGCACAGCAUCAAAUUCGGAAUGGUGCACAAAAUACAAAGAAUGUCUUCAUUUUAAUUCGAAAGCGAUUCAGAUAGCAAUUAAAUGAUUGGUUCAGUGCAUUGAUAACUAUAAAGUAAAUAAAUUAUUUGCGAUAGAAAAACAACUAUUUAACUCAACAAGUGUAUAUAGUACAGAAAAUGAUAUAUUUAUAAUUAAUGAGGUGAUCAUAUUGCUUCGGAAAGUGAUUAGAUUUUGGCAAGUGAAUUUGGUAUGGACUUUGAAAAAUGUGUAAUUGACAAUUACAUGUUUAUGUAAACACUUAGCAUAAUUUAAGUACAAAAUGAUAGUGUGCCGUGAUGGUUUUCGCUGAUAAAGCAUUGUGAUGUGCACUUUGAAAACCAUCAUCGCAAUAGCUCUAGUUAAAAAUUGAUCAUGUGCAUCUUCAUCAUUAUCAAAUGUCCAAAAAUCCAAACAGUGUAUAUUAAAUUUUAUAGUAUGAAAAAAAAAAUCAUAAUUUCGAAGAGAGUUCACGGUGUCGAUGAUAUUUCAGAAAAAGAAGUAGACAGAAGAAAAUUAAUUGGAAUGGAUAAGAUAGAAAACGUAAAAGAUAGACAGGGUAAAAAAUUAGAGUCACUUGAAUAGAGGCAAAUAAAGGAAUGCCAGACAUUUCCAUUUGGAAGAUUUUCGGGAAAUGUUCUGGCGUUGAAAAAAAAAAAACAAUUGACGGCACUUCAAAGUAAAAGAAAACAUAUCGACAGAUUUAGUUGGAAUAUCACACUGUACAGCGUCGGUACAUUUUCUACAAUACCAGAAAAUGAAGAAGAAAGAACAGAUCCAAUUUGCUAAAACAUUUAAUCAGGGAUUCUUUCUCUGAGGAGGAGGAAUCGUGAGGAGGAAAAUGAGGAGGAGGAGAGCGAGGAGGAUCCUCCUCCUUAAGUGAGGAGGAAAAGUUUUUUUUGUUCAAAGGGCCAUUUUUAUCACAAAAAUAUCAUUUUUAGCUGAAAGCAUUUUCCUCCUCACUUGAGGAGGAGAAUCCUCCUCGCUCUCCUCCUCCUCCUCAUUUUCCUCCUCGCCAUUCCUCCUCCUCAGAGGAACAAUCUUUGCAUUUAAUAAAAUCUGUACAUGCAGUGAGUUAGUAAGACAACGAUUUAAAUUGGUAGCAUAUUAAGUAGAUGAUAUUUAAUUUUUUUUUGUGUUUUUCUAUCCGCGCAUUGUAUUCCAAAAAGGAAUCGUGUUACACCAAAUACACAAUCUGUUAGACUGGCUGUACCUUAAAGUUUGUUAAUAUAGACAAUACCGACGAUGAUAAGAUGUUUCUUUUUUCUCUUUUGUCAAAAUAACAAGAAAACGGGUUUCUAUCUGAUUUAGAAUAAAGUGUUGUGUACUGCUUGAAUCUUUACCAUCCAAAAAAUGAACACAUUUAAUCGAUAAUCAUACACACACAAAUAUUGCGCUAAAAGCUUAGUAAAUACUAAAAAAAAACACUGUUCGAUCGUUCAAAUGAAAUUUAUUAUUUGAUUGCUGUUGAAUUUCAAUUAAUCGCAACUAAUUAAAUUAAAAUUGUAUUAAAGGCUUAUUUAUAUAAAUGAUAUAUUUAGAUUUAGCAAAUGACAUAUUACAAAAAAGAAAGAGGAGAAAAAAAACUAAUUGAAACUAUUUUUAAGAAAUUGAUCUAUAUUAUUAAAUAUAGCAUUCAAAAAUGAACACUUUUAAGAUCGAUUUUUUUUAGUUUUUGCUCUUCUAAGAUUUAAUUCUAGUAAAUGCAACAAUUUGACGGCUUAAAAUCAAGCCUUGUCGGCAACAAAUUCAAAUCAAUUUUACUGCCCUUUUCUUUAAGUACGUCACUGUCUUGAGAUUAUUUUAUGUUCGAAACAAGAGAAAAAAUAAAUCAUAUUUACCGGAUCAAUGCAAAACACUAUAUAUUAUUACAUACAGUGACAAAUUACAAAUACACUCACUUCAAAGUGAACAAAAAAAAA